AUGUCACCCACUGAGGCCCAAUUACCACCGUCGGGCCUCGUCGUGCCGAUCGUUUUGUGGGGCAAGCAGCCACCCCGGCAUCGAAUUACGGCAAUACGUAUACUCUCUGAUCGAACAACAGUAAUCACUGGAGCAGAUAAUGGCCAUAUUAUUAUUUGGAAACUACAAGUCGAUGCAAUUUGCCCCCAUCUCCUCUUUCUUGGCCAUUCUGCAUCUAUUACGGCGAUAUCACCAACGAGCUUACUAGCAAAUUCGGCCCGCUUAAUCUCGGUCAGUGCCGAUGGGCAGAUUUGCCUCUGGGAUUGGCUAGAUGGGCGUUGUAUCGAUCAUGUUAAUGGCGCCAGUGUACAUCGACAAAUGGAACCAUAUGCUUCAAAAGCCGCCAACAGCGCCUUUAAUACUAGAAUAAUCUGCGCGGGCGACUAUGCAGAUUUUAUUGUCCUCGAUCCGCAGGAUUUAACACCUGUAUUCACAAUAUCAUCUCGGGUUGAACCGGAUUGGAUUACUGCUUUCACGUUGGUGAAGCGAACUAACCGCGCCGAUCAGAUUCUCGGCUUCUCCAAAUCUGGGAUGGUGAAGAUAUGGACGAUUGAGGAUCUUGAUCAAAAGACAAUGGAAAGUCCGCUCUAUGAAGAAGAAUCGCGCCACGCCGAUAAAGAAGCCUUGACAGCAAUUUCAUUUUCUUCUCACAAUGAGAAGGUGGCGUUGUUGAUCUCGAAGAAACGGUGGCAAGUCAUCGACCUUGACGACCUACAAGCGCUGAUCACAUUUGAAACUCAAGUAGCAGCAGUUUCCGGAAGUUUUCUCGAAAUAGAUAAAGUCGCGGUGACUUAUGUUGACGGAAGUGUACGCAUCUACCAAUUACCGCUACAGGCAUUAAAUGGUGCUCAAGUGCUUGCUCAAUUCGGCCCGUCAAGACAGAACUAUUUUGGACGGAAUGCGCCCUUUGAAAUCGCAGUUCUGGAAGGGAAGAAGGCUACCGGGCCUCUUGCAAAGAUGCAACAAACAUUCGCCUUUGAAUUUGCGCUGCAACGCGAAGAUCAGGGCGGUGCGUGCCAGGUGAUCCGAGCCUCAGCUGAUGGUGCGCUUCUCACAUGGCUGAUCCCGAGGUUUGGCUCGGCUUUCAUUGAGCGUGUUUCUGAUGUACAACAAUUGCCAUUAAAAUAUAAAGGAACGUUCUCCGAAAGUCUGGCCGAGAUUUGGAGUGCGUUGAAUGAAUCACCAAAUCCUCCUUUCUCACAACAGGACCUUUGCGAUGUUACCGCAUCACUCUACGUCGGCUCUCAAGGGAAACUUUUACUCGGAAAAUCAAAUGGAGAAAUUGUGAUGUCAUAUGCGUGCGAGACAAUAUCGAAACAACUGCUCGAUAUUCCACCAGAACGUCAAAACCCAAGAAUUCUGCAUGGCCAUAGCGGAGCUGUAAGAGCCAUGUUAUAUCCACACGAGCAAAGCAAUCGCUUUGAUUCAACGAUGAUGCUGUCUGGUGGUGACGAUUUUUCAGUGAUUGUCUGGAAUAUUAAUACUGCGGUUCGACUCUACAAAUUUACUGUAAAUGGAGGAUCGGUGAAUCGAUUUAUCGUUCCACCACCUAAUUCCUCGAAACAAACCCUAAAAUGCAUCGCGGCUGUGUCAAGCGAUAAUACUGUCGCGUUGCUGAAUAUUCGCGAUAUGAAAUGUUCAUUACUGGCUAGUCGACACCCCUUUAAAAUCCUUGAUUUAAAAUGGCGACCGCUUGACGACUAUAUGUUAGUGCGUCUAGAAGAUUCCAGCGUUUAUGUGUGGCAAAUUGAGACUGCGAGUAUUGAAAGAGUGGUCCGUGGGCUGCAAGCUGAAGAUAUUUUAGCUGCUUGUGAUGAGCAAAUCGGUGUGGAGGAAGGUCGAGAUGAGGCCGGGGCCACUCAGGCUGUCCAACUGAUGCGAGCACUCAAACAUAGGAAUAUAGAUGCUAUGAAGCGCGUCGGUGGGGUCGGAAGUAGCCAACAAGCCACAGCCAGUGCCGAGAGCACGAUGGUGUCACCAAUGUCAUUCCAGUCAUUACCAAAUUCUGGAAGUGAAGCGAAUAUUGUUUUGUUUGAGGUAGCAGCUCUCAUAAACGGUCUUUCCUCACUGGAUGCUGUUGAAGACACCCCAGAUCCGAAGUCGAUUUCGCAGCUUAUGGGAAAACAACAAAACCAAGACCAACCGGAUGGGUCGAUGAUUGGGCUCUCGAGACGAUUAACUAUGCAAUUUGAAAGUACAUUGUAUUUGGAUAUUGCAAGAUUACUUCUCUCUUGCCUGCACGCCUGGGAAGUUGACGCUGAUCUGGAUGCGGUGUGCUUGAAGAAGCUUGGCCUGCAUCGCCCAAAUAAUCCACUAUUUUAUGGAAAUUUGUCUCGCCAUGGGCACAUGGCAGUAGUAUUACCAUCCCGAAAUAAGACAAGUUACUCCACAUUCGCGACUGAUGUACGGUGGCAGGCUAGCCAUUCCUUGACCACAAUUCACUUAUUGUCAGUAAUUGCUACCGCCAAUACCUUAAUGUCGAUGAAGAACUCGUCCGCGCAGCCAAACAGGAGGAGGAGCCAGGCUCUACCGUUGAAGCGCGUUCCCAGCAAGGAUAAUAUGAAUGGCGAGAAGCAGCAGAUGAAACAGGGCUGGUCCCUAUUGGCUGCAAUGCAUUGCGUUUUGCUACCAGACAACGUACGCCCAAAAUCCUCUUACGCAGCCCCCCGGAUCGAACUUUUAGCAAGACGGUGGCAAGACGGUUGCCUUGAAAUCCGGGAAGCCGCUCAAGCGCUCCUGAUUCGAGAGCUGAACCGGUUGGGAUCUAGCGGCCGGAAGAGGUUGAUCGAAAGCUGGGCCCCAUACCUCCCCACGCUUCUGGAUCCAUCGCUCUCUAUCUUUGGCACCCGGCAACCCUCCAAUAAUGUCCCAACAACGGUGCCAACAAUGACCUCUGCACCACCCCCAAUUCCACCCCGCUCCAAUCGACAGCCACUUCCGGUUGUUGCGGUACCCGAACCCAUCCGAAACAACGAAGGCGAUCACGGGGUGCAGCAAGUCCGACGCAACCAAGCGACAGCGAUCAUCCUUCUUGGUGUCGUUGGGUCUGAGUUUGGCGAGGAGUUGAAUAAGGUGGAGCUUACUCGUGCAACAGCCAUUUCCUUGUUGGAGUUGUUGGUCUCGCCGCCGACCGCCCUUCUUCCGAUGCAUUCCCCGUUGCGUAGGGCGUCGAUUGAUUUAUUGGGGAGAGGCUUCACCCAAUGGGAGCCACAUCUCGAGAUCAGUCGAGUUCUUAUUGGACUUCUUGACCUUGCUUCCGGGGCCGAGAAAAAUGCGAGCACUGCUCAAAAUCCCGUCCCUACCCCAUCAUUCUCCCCAAUGGCCGAUGCUGCCCGAACGGCUCGUCAUGCUCUUUCCCAAAUUGCCACUGCUAGACCCCCAGCCAUGCUGACAGCUCUCUCAAUGGAGGUUGCCCGUUACAACGUCGCCGCCCAGCAUCAAACGAUCCAGCACUCAGUGAUCUCGCCACUUCUAAAAACACGGGUCGAAGUGCUCCGCAUCAUCGAAGAUCUCUCCGAGAAGCAGUAUGGCGCUAUCGUUGAAAUGAUGCUCCCGGUCGGUGACGUGCUUGUACACUGCCUCGAUACCUCGCUCCUCAAGCAUAAAACGCUCGCUGAAGUCUUUCCACCCAUUACAAAGUUUUACAUGGUUAGCUACUGCCCAACAUCUCGUCGAAUCGCGUUUGGAGGGCGUAAUGGGGCGUGUGUCGUGCAUGAGUUGAGGCCAGGGAAGGCUCAGACCCUGCAAGCCCAUCAGGGUCCCGUAUCGGCUGUGUGCUUCUCGGAAGACGGGAAAUUCCUUGCCACCUAUGGAGCCCAAGAUGGAAAGCUAAAUUUCUGGCAGACGACGCAAAACUUCUUCGGCAUGGGCCAGUCCCAAAUGCGUUGUGGAAAAUCACUUGCCGCCCCAACUCUACCGACAGUUAUUAGUCCUGGAGGGCAAGCCUUCCGCCCUCGUCUCGUCUGGAUCAACAGCAAAUCGUUGACACUCAUGCUCCCCGAGGGCCGUGAGCAGCGCUUCACCAUU